CUUUCAUUUUUUUUUAACUUGAAACAAGGUCAUUAUUUGUUUUUUAGGUUAAUAUAGAUUUUGUUAUUGCUUUAUUAAAUUAAUUUUGAAUGGCAUGUUAUGAUUUAAUUGAACACAUGCAUCAUGUAUUUUUAUAGUCUUAUUCAUGCUAUUUCGUUACUUGUUAAAUCGUUUACAAUAAUAUUUCUCUGAGAUAUAAAAUAUAUAAAACCCACAAUCCUUAACGUUAUUAGUGUAUUUAAAAAAAAUUUUGUUUUUCAGGUGCAUAAAUAAAUUAAACAAUGAAACGAACGCGAGAGCAUGCUAGCCAAACAAUACAAAAAGUUGCAUCUACAUCAGACGUUUCCACUCAAUGUGGAUAUAGCACAAGUAGUUACAAUAGAGCUACGAAGUCAUCGUACAUUAAUUUCAGAUACCUAUUGAAAAAUGUUAUUUCAGACAAGGAAACCACUAUUAAUUGGUGUUUCCACAACAAACUUCUAGCAAAUAAAAGAAAGUGUCCUGUAUGUAAUUGUGACAUGAAAUACACGUUGUCAACAACAUAUUCAUCGGAUGGUGUAAAGUGGCGUUGCCAAAAGUUAGAUCACACGAAAGAUGUAUCUAUACGAAGAAAUUCUUGGUUUGAAGGUUCAAACAUGACAUUAGAAGAAGUAAUUGAACUGACGUACUGGUGGAGCACAGGAACCGAACAAGUAAACAUAUGCCAAGAAAUGGGUUUAUCAUCAGCAACUAUUGUGGACUGGGCAAACUUUUUGAGAGAAAUUUGCGAUGAGAUAGUGAUAAAACGUUCAAAACCGAUUGGUGGAAAAGGCGUCAAAGUGCAAAUUGACGAAUCUAAAUUUGGAAAGCGGAAGUACCACCGCGGUCAUAAAGUAGAAGGACAAUGGGUCUUCGGAGGGAUAGAAUCUGAAUCAAGAAAAAAUUUUAUGAUUCCUGUCGAAAAGCGAGAUCGCAAUACCUUGAUCCCCAUCAUUGAAAGGUACAUCUUACCAGGAACGACAAUUGUCAGCGACUGCUGGAAAGCCUAUGACAUUCUCGAUGAACUAGACUAUCACCAUUUAAAAGUGAAUCAUUCAAUUGAAUUUGUAAACGAGUCUGGUGAUCAUACCAACAAAAUAGAGGGGCAUUGGCGACAAGCGAAAGCAGUAAUGCCAAAAUUUGGUGUCAGGAAAAAAUUUUUUUCGUCACAUUUGGGAGAAUUUAUGUGGCGAUAUGAAAAUAAGGACAAAAAUUUGUUUAUGCAAAUUAUAUCAGACAUUUCUUCUAUUUAUAAUUUUUAAUAAUCAUGUCAGUUUUUGCUAUUAUAAAUCCUUUAUAAAAUAUAAAAGUUCUGCAGCUUGUGGAAAAAUACUACUACAUUCUUGACUCAAGCCUCCGUAGCAUGUGAAGACUAACAUUUGAAAACUAUAACUAAAACUGUCGUAGGUCGCGUACUUUUAUAAAAAUUCGAUCGUUCCGAUACAAAUAGAACGCGUAGGUCACGUAGGUCGCGUAGGUUACUUUUAUAAAAAUUCGAUCGUCCCGAUACAAAUAAAA